AUGAAUUCUUUCUUUCCGUCUUUCUUUCUUUAUUUCCACAUAAUUUUUUUCUUUUUUUUCUCUCUCUUUCUACUGAGAAUUAUUUCUUUCUUUUUUCUUUCAUUCAUUCAUUCUUUCUUUCUCCUUAAUUUCAAUUCCUUCUUUCUUUCUUUCUUUCUUUCUUUCCCCAUAUUUUUCUCUCUACUGAAGUCUAUUCUUUCUUUCUUUUUUACUCUCUCUAAAUCUUCAUUCUUUUUCUCUCUACAGAAUUCUUUCUUUCUUUCUUUCCCCUUAAUUUCUCUAUUCUUUCUUUCUUUCUUUCUUUCUUUCUUUCUUACUCCCUCCCAAUUUUUUAUCUUUUUUCUCUCUACAGAAUUCUUUCUUUCUUUCUUUCUUUCUUUCUUUCUUUCUUUCUUUCUUUCAUUCCUUCUUUCUUUCCCCUUAAUUUCUUUUAUUUUUUCUUUUCUCUAUACUGAAUUCUAUUCUUUCUUUCUUUCUUUCUUUCUUUCUUUCUUUCUUUCUUUCUUUCUUUCUCUAAUUUUUCAUCUUUUGCCCCUCUAUAUAAUUCUUUCUUUCUUUUCCCCCAAAUUCUUUUUUAUUUCUCUUUCUCUCUUUCUCCGGAAUGCCUUUCUUACCCCUCUUCUCCAAGUUUCCAUUCUCCUGUUUUUCCAUAUAUUCUCUUGUCUUUUCUCUCUAAAUGUAUUUCCUUCCUCCAAACUUUCUUCUAUCUUUUCUCUCUCAAGUCUUCAAAUUUCUUCCUUCUCUCUCUCCCCCCUCUCUCCCUCUCUUUCUCUCCAACCUCCAUUUCUUAUUUCUUUUUUUAUUUCUUCCUUUCUUCAGAUUUUCUUUCUUACUUCUUACCAUCUCCCUUCCUUUUUUUAUUCUUCAUUGCUCUUUAUUGUUGCUCUUAUCUUCCAUCCUCUCUCUUAUUUAUCAACUUACUUUCUUUCUUAA